AUGUCAGUAACCUACCAACUAGGUGAUGGACCACCAGUCCUGUCAACUUUGUUCAAAGAAAACCGUCGUCGAUUAAUUGAAGCCUUCAAAGCAACUAACAACAGCACAGACAACGCGUAUGCAGUAUUAGAAGGUGGACACGAUACCCAUCUUUAUAAUACUGAUAUGCAGCAGAGUGCAUUCCGCCAAGAAUCUUAUUUUUACUGGACUUUUGGAGUUACUGAACCUGAAGUAUACGGUAUUAUUGAUUUGAGUACUGGGCAUACUGUACUUUUGCCUCCGAAAAUGCACAAAGACUACGCUAUUUGGCAAGGCAGGUAAGUUUUAAGGUUAAAAUUUUAUAUUUGUGCUUAUAAUAUAAGACUAAAGAACCCAAAAAAGUCGCGUCGCCAAAUUACAUUGUCUCGUGUGUAAAAAAACGACAACCCUUUUUUUUACGUUUAAAUUAGUGCAAAAAUUUGAAAAAAUGAAAUUAAAAUUAUUUUAUUUAGUAUUAAACCGGAAUCCUACUUCAAAGAAAAAUAUGACGUUGAAGAAGUCGUGUUUCAUGAAGAUCGUACUAUUGAGUCAUGGUUAAGAUCAAAAUCAGCCAAAACUGUGUACUUACUAGUAAGUUUAUGGACAUUGUUACGACUAGAUUAAAGCUGCAUCUCAAAUUGCUAUUUGUUUUAGCCUUUUCAAAGGGAUUUUGGUUUAAAAUUAUUUUUAAAUUUUUUAAAUUUUUAUAUAUGCGUAGAGUAGGGAGGGGGAGGGAGGUAAAACAGGGUAAACUAGGAUAAAGAAAAGUCACAGAUAACGUGAAUGACAAAGGCGAGGCAAGGCAAGGCAAGGCAAGGCAAGGCAAGGCAAGGCAAGGCAAGGCAAGGCAAGGCAAGGCAAGGCAAGGCAAGGCAAGGCAAGGCAAGGCAAGGCAAGGCAAGGCAAGGCAAGGCAAGGCAAGGCAAGGCAAGGCAAGGCAAGGCAAGGCAAGGCAAGGCAAGGCAAGGCAAGGCAAGGCAAGGCAAGGCAAGGCAAGGCAAGGCAAGGCAAGGCAAGGCAAGGCAAGGCAAGGCAAGGCAUUAUAAUAAUCUUUAUUUUAGAAAGCCUUCAACACUGACAGUAAAGAAACGCUUCUUCCAGCCAACUUUACCGGUAUUAACAACUUCAAAACAGACACAGACGUUCUCUACAAUAUCAUAGCUGAAUUGAGAGUGUUCAAGACUGAUCAAGAGUUGGAGCUGCUUCGAUAUGCUUCUAAAAUUGGCUCUGAUGCACACAAGAAGUUGAUGAAGAAUAUAAAGCCAGGAAAGUCGCAUCAGUAUCAAAUGGAGAGUUUGUUUACACAUGAAAGUUACUCUACUGGUGCUUGUCGACACAUUGCUUAUACUUGCAUUGCGGCUAGGUAUAGUACUGUUUUGAGUUUUUAAAAAAGAAGAUACUUCCCACAAGCUAUUAUAUUGCUUUUAGUGGAGCCGAUGGUGCAGUACUUCACUAUGGUCAUGCUGGAGCUCCAAACGAUCAUUUGAUCAAAGAUGGAGAUCUGUGCUUGUUUGAUAUGGGUCCUGAAUAUAGUUGUUAUAGUAGGCACUUUUGGUUUUUUUACUCUACCCUAUCUUACUUUACCCUAUCCUACCCUGCCCUACCCUACCUCCUACUCUACCCUACCCUACUCUACCCUACCCCAACUUAAUUUACCCUACCCUAUAUUUCAAACUAAACUUUUCUAGCCUCCGACGUAACCUGCACGUUCCCAGCAAACGGUAAAUUCACGGAGAAACAACGUCUCAUCUACAACGCUGUCUACGAAGCAACAAUGGCCGUGUUCAGAGAGGCCAAACCAGGAGUUUGCUGGACUGAUAUGCAUUUACUGGCUGAGAGAAUUAUCCUAGAACAUUUGAAAAAUGCUAAAAUAUUGACCAAAAGUAUUGAUGAAAUGGUCGAAAAACGAAUUGGAGCAGUGUUCUUCCCUUGUGGACUAGGCCAUUUUCUAGGUCUUGAUGUUCAUGAUGUUGGUGGAUAUCUGGGUGAUGCUACAGAGAGAUCUACGUUGGCUGGACUGAAGAAUAUUAGAACGACAAGGACUUUGCAGGAGAGAAUGGUGAUUACUAUCGAACCGGGCGUGUAUUUUAUUGAUACGGUAAGGUAGAGCUAUUCAAUGUGAGAUUAUGGUAGGAUAUGGCUUGGCUAGGGUUAAGGUAAGGCUGUAGAAACCUACGUAAUUCAGGGCUAGCGUAAAGAUAGGUUAAGGUAAAAUAGGAUAGGGUAGAGUAUGGUAAGGCAGAGUAAAGCAAUAAAAUUUGUUUUUCAGUUACUAGACGAAGCUCUGGCCAAUCCAGAAACUGCCAAAUACUUCAACAAAGAAGUGUUACAAGAAUAUCGUGGCUUCGGAGGAGUUAGAAUUGAAGACGAUGUUGUUAUUUGGGUAAACGGCAAUGAGUGUAUCAAUGAUGUGCCUAGAACGGUGGAGGAAAUUGAGGAGUUCAUGAAGCAGUAA